UUAUCAGAUCGGAGUGAAGCAACAUUUUUCAUUACCAAAUCUCCACGCUUUAAUUUUCUUUUCGAUUAAAUAUUGCUUGGGCAUUUCUCGCUGCACAUUUCUUACAAAUUUCAAAUCAGAAAAAACCUCGAAAAGUAAAAAAAAAGAGAAAAAAGAAGAAGGUGAAAAUCUUCAUCUUCCAAUUUACAGAGAGCUAUAUAUAUAUAUACAUAUAUAUAUAUUCCUCACCAGACCUCCCAACACCUUAUCUUUCUCUCUCUAUAGCGUCUGUUUCUCUCUCUACCAAAUACAUUUUUUAAUCUCUUACCCAUCUGUUUGGUAACUGAAUUUGCAUUUGGUAAUCAAACAUCACCAUUGAAAGAACAAAUACAAAGGUUGGAGGGGGCUUUUAUAGAGAGGAGGUUGAACAUGCCCUCUGUUCUUAUUCUUUGAGUGCCUCCUCUCAGAUCUUAGUUUCCUUCAAGGUUUGGCAUCUGGGUUUUCAUCAAUCGGUGGGUAUGGUGCGCUUAAUUCUGGGUUCAGUUUUUGAUCGGUGAAGGAUCGGAUGUUUCUAAAUUGAAUCCAGUAAUACUUGCUUUUGAAUCGGAUUACAAUCUGCGUGUUUGCAAUAUUUCAUAUAAGAGAAAAUGCAAUCCGAUAGUGGUAAGUUAUUUAUUGGCGGCAUAUCUUGGGACACAAAUGAAGAGCGCCUGAAAGAGUAUUUCAGUACUUUUGGAGAGGUGGUAGAAGCAGUGAUCAUGAAGGAUCGGACCACAGGCCGUGCUCGUGGUUUCGGUUUUGUAGUUUUUGCUGACCCAGCAGUGGCAGACAGCGUCAUAAUGGAGAAGCACAACAUCGAUGGAAGGAUGGUUGAGGCCAAAAAGGCUGUUCCCAGGGAUGACCAGAACAUUUUGGGUAGAAGCAGUGGCAGCAUCCAUGGUUCUCCAGGUCCAGGCCGCACAAGAAAGAUUUUUGUUGGAGGUUUGGCAUCCACUGUCACAGAGAGUGACUUCAAGAAGUACUUUGAACAGUUUGGGACAAUCACUGAUGUUGUGGUGAUGUAUGAUCACAACACCCAGAGGCCGAGAGGCUUUGGGUUCAUCACUUAUGAUUCAGAGGAGGCAGUGGACAAGGUUUUGCUUAAGACAUUUCAUGAACUGAAUGGGAAGAUGGUUGAAGUCAAGCGUGCAGUUCCUAAAGAGUUAUCACCUGGUCCCAGUCGCAGCCCUAUUGGAGGAUACAACUAUGGUCUGAGUAGAGUCAAUAGCUUCCUUAAUGGCUACACUCAGGGAUAUACUCCAAAUACAGUUGGAGGCUAUGGGCUUGGUAGGUUCAGUCCAGUUGCUGGUGGUCGAAGUGGAUUUCCUCCAUUUAAUUCUGGUUAUGGAAUGGGUAUGAAUUAUGAGCCAGGGUUGAACCCAGGUUUUGGAGGAAAUACAAACUUUAAUAGUAAUAUCAGCUACCCACGGGGAGUGAGUCCUUAUUAUAUCAAUAAUUCAAAUAGAUUUAGCAGUCCCGUUGGGUAUGAUGGUGGUAAUGGAGGAAACACAUCAUCUUUUUUUAGCUCGGUGACUCGGAACUUGUGGGGCAAUGGGGGGCUUAAUUAUGGAACAAAUUCUCAAAGUUCCAGUGCUUACAUGGGAUCAGGAAGUGGGACCAUUGGAGGAAGUACGUUUGGCAAUACUGGAGUUAAUUGGCGUUCUUCAGCAAUUUCAGCUCAAGGUGGAGGAAAUAAUGUUUCUAACAAUAGUGGGAAUCUUGGUUAUGGAGUUGGUGAUAACAGUUAUGGUUUGGGAACCGGAGGUUAUGGAAGAAACAGUGGUACAAGUGUGGCCCCUUCAUCUUCAUUUGCUGCGUCAAAUGGUGGUUUCGAUGGGUCCUUCUCUGACUUUUACAAUGGUAAUUCUGUUUAUGGAGAUCCUACUUGGCGAUCAUCGAAUUCCGAGCGAGAAGGGUCUGUUCCCUUUGGUUAUGGUCUUGGCGGUGCAACUUCUGAUGUUUCAGCUAAAAGUUCGCCUGGUUAUGUUGGUGGUUAUAGUGUUAAUAAGAGACAGUCAAACACAGGAAUUGCUGCCUAGGAUCUUCGUUUCUGAUAUCACGGCACUGUAGGUGAAAGAUAGUCUGGUGAAGCAGGUGAAUUGUGAAUUUUGCACACCGCCCUCAUUUAUAUAUCUCAGUAAAAGAAAUAUGGUUAGUAAGAAGAGCUAACUGGCUGGAGUGCCUGUUUCAAGAAUUAAGAUUAGAGGUAGAAGUUAAAAUGGAUUUUGUGUUAAUGCUUGAGUUUUGAGUUACCCAUUUUAGGUUUUUAUAUUUUGGUCUUUGAGUGAGAUGUAAAAUCAGAUUGCGGGAUAUAGUCAGAAGUGUAUCAUGCAUCUCCGGUGAGGCGGCGAAACCCAAAAGGCAAAAAAAAAAAAAAAAAA